CUGGCCGAGGUUAAUUCCUUGCGGGGCAGUGUCUCGAGCUACAUCCGCUGGCCAGUGCCCGUAGUGCCCGUCCUUGCGGAGGAGAACUUUGAGUUCCCGCUCAGUGAGAUCGACGCCGUUCCCGAGGGAGAGCUGCCCUUCCUGCUGCCCGCCCCGCCCCCGCCGGCGCUGUCCCCGCCCGCGUCCAAGGAGUCCCCCCUGCAGCUCCCCCUGCUAACGCCAGAGGAGCGGCCUGAGCUAGAGCCCUUUUCAGGCGACCCAGUCUACCUGGCCGAAUUCCUGAUGCGGCUAGAGACCUUCAUAGCGGACCACGAGGAUCAUUUCCCCGGGGGUGCUGAACGGGUGGCCUUUCUGGUCUCCUUUUUCACUGGCGAAGCCAAGGACUGGGCCGUCUCGGUCACCCAGGAAGGAAGCCCCCUACACACCAACUUCCCGCGCUUCCUGGAUGAAAUCCGAAAGGAAUUCUGUGGUCCCAUCCCCCCACGUGUGGCUAAAAGGGCCAUCCGCAAGCUCAGGCAGGGAGACUGUACCCUGGGCAGCUAUGCAGAUGCUUUUCAGUUCCUGGCCCAAUUCUUGUCUUGGGAUGACUGCCGCCUCCAAAACCAGUUCCUCAAAGGCCUGUCAGAAUUCUUCCGCAAGGAACUCUUAUGGUCAACUGAAACGGCUGACCUGGACGAGCUGAUUCUCGAGUGUGCAGGGAUAGAAAGAAAGGUGCGGGGCCCCAAGCCAGUCCGGCUCCCUGGGGUAGGCAACAUCUUCUCUUUUGCUCCUAACUCUGUUGCUGAUGAAAGUGAAGAGGAAGAGUACUACAGUGAGGAUGAAGAUGAAGAGGCAGGCAGGCGCAGGCUUUGCCUGAAAGACCAGCAGAGGUGCAUGGGGGCUCAUCGGCGAGAAGUGAGGGAGAAGGAGGACCAGGAGAUGAGGAAGAAGGAGGAAGAAAUAAAGAAGAAGGAGGAGAAGGAGAUGAAACAGGAAGGGGAGGAGGAGGAGGAGAUGAAGAAGGAGGAGGCUGAACAUGAGAAGAAGGAUGAGGAAGAUAAAGGUGAGGAUGGGGGCCAGGAACCAGAGCUGGGGCCAGAGCAGGGGCCAGAGCUGGAGGAGACCUAUGGUGAUAUGGAGGAGACCCUGGAUGACGCUCAAGAUAAUGACCUAGAAGCGCUCAUAGAGAUGGAGGAGCCCAUUGCUCACACUUCAUCCCAUACUUCUGGCUCCACGAGUGGCAACCAUGCUGAAAAUUUCCUUGGGGCAUCUCCUCCCAUAAUUCAGCCUGGCAGACGGAGGAACCAGAAUCGAGUCCCUCUUCUGGAGGGCCUUCCAGGUACCAAUUCGCCGUUCUACAGCUCCCCACCACUGAUUCGCCGCGCAGGUCGCUUGGGGCAACGCCAUAUUCGAAGACGCCCCCCAGUGCUAUUCCGCCUCACUCCGAGACAGGGGGGGCACCGAGCUGCUCGUGGCCGAAUUCGCGUGUUAUUUCUUCAGGAGAGUUCCAGAAGGGGAAUGGCUAUGCCUCGGAGCUGUGGAACCUAUUUGUUGAUGGCUGACAUGCUGGCCCUGCUCCCCACAUCUCUGUGGAGCAGUGUGAAGGAUCUUUGCACCCCCACUUCCAGGGAUCCCUCAGCAUAGGCCCUGCCUGUUCCCAUGGUGCUUCUCACUCUGAAUCCUUGCAGCCUCAACUGGGGAAAGAGCGGAUGAACAGUGAGCUGGUUUCUGGCCCUCAGGGGGGAGGGGGGUUUGGACUUCCCUUUGACCUCCUUCUUCCUUUCCCAAAUUUUUAAUAUUUGUUGUGAUGUAACAGCCACAAGAGCUGUUAAGAGGAACCGUGGGCUUUGGGCACUUUCUUGGGUUGAAAGAGGGGCAGGGGAUGGUGGGAAAUGCAUGCAAGGGUAUGAAGGCAGCCCCAAGAACUCCCACGGUCUUGGGGGGAAACCAGUUUGAAAUAAACGUGUUAUUGUGUUAUUGUUGCAUUAUUGUAUCAUGAUGAUAAGAAACUGCUCUGUAUGCUAAAGCUUUCUCUCCUCAAUAAAAAUAUAAAGGGUGUGUAAAGAUCGUGUCUGUCUG